GGGAGUAAGAUGGCGGCGGACAGAGGGAGCUCGAUUUUAUACGCGCUGCUGAGAUUUUUUUAUUCACUAUUCUUUCCUGCACUAAUUAUAUGUGGAGUUUUGUGUGUAUGUUUGGUCAUUGGCCUUUGGAUAAUCAGGCGACAUCUACAGAGAAAGAAAAAGUCAAUGUCAACAAGCAAAAAUGGAAAAGCUCGAACGGUGGUUGCCUUUUUCCAUCCCUACUGCAAUGCGGGCGGCGGAGGAGAGAGAGUUCUAUGGUGUGCUCUGAGAGCCCUGCAGAUAAAGUAUCCUGAAGCUGUGUAUGUUGUGUAUACUGGUGACGUCGAUGUCAGUGGUCAACAGAUACUAGAAGGUGCUUUCAGAAGAUUUAACAUCAAGUUAGUUCACCCAGUGCAGUUCGUUUUCUUAAGGAAACGCUACCUUGUGGAAGAUUCUCGUUACCCUCACUUCACAUUGCUAGGCCAAAGCCUUGGAUCCCUUUUCCUCGGCUGGGAAGCUCUGAUGCAGCGCGUCCCUGAUGUCUACAUCGAUUCUAUGGGCUACGCUUUCACGCUCCCUCUGUUUCGGUAUGUGGGGGGGUGCCGAGUCGGGAGCUAUGUUCACUACCCCACGGUCAGCACUGACAUGCUCUCGGUGGUGAAGAAGCAAAACCCUGGGUUUAACAACGCAGCCUUCAUUAGCAGAAAUGCUCUUCUCAGCAAAGCAAAGCUCGUCUACUACUAUUUAUUUGCUUUGAUUUAUGGCCUUGUUGGUUCUUGCAGUGAUGUAGUCAUGGUGAAUUCUUCUUGGACACUAAACCAUAUUCUCUCACUGUGGAAAGUUGGGCAUUGCACUAACGUUGUUUAUCCACCUUGUGAUGUGCAGGCAUUUCUGGACAUCCCCUUACAUGAGAAAAGGGUGACCCCAGAGCACCUGCUGAUUUCCAUUGGCCAGUUCAGGCCUGAAAAGAAUCAUGCUUUGCAGAUCAAAGCCUUUGCCAAAUUGCUGAGAGAGAAGGCGGCUGAGUCACGCCCUUCACUUAAACUUGUCCUUAUUGGAGGGUGUCGAAACAAAGACGAUGAGUUUAGAGUAAACCAACUGAGAAGACUGUCUGAGAACUUGGGAGUUCAUGAAGAUGUGGAAUUUAAAAUAAACAUUCCCUUCAGUGAAUUGAAGAAUUACUUGUCUGAAGCAACGAUGGGUCUGCAUAGCAUGUGGAAUGAGCACUUUGGGAUUGGAAUUGUCGAGUGUAUGGCAGCUGGCACAAUCAUCCUUGCACACAAUUCAGGAGGCCCAAAGCUUGACAUUGUUGUUCCUCACGAAGGACAAAUAACUGGAUUUCUGGCUGAGAGUGAAGAAGGCUAUGCUGAAACCAUGGCUCAUGUUCUUUCUCUGUCUGCAGAAGAGAGACUUCAAAUCAGAAAAAAUGCUAGAGCAUCUGUAAGCAGAUUUUCUGACCAGAACUUUGAAGUAGCAUUCCUGUCUUCCAUGGAGAAGUUACUUACAUAAUGCCAAAUCUGUGCACAUUCUUGAUAAUUCAUCCACAGUGGAGCUGCAGAUGUAGGUAGUGCGGAGCAUGUGUGUGGUGUCUGCGAGGUCCUGAGUUCUGUCUCCAGCACCAGAAAGUAAAAGGAAAUGCCUCGUUUGGAAACACCUUCAGAUGUACAUAUUUUCUUUUUAUUUAUCUUAAUGUAUGAGUGCCCUAUCUGCAUGUAUGCCUGCAGGCCAGAAGAGGGCAUCAGAUCACAUUAUAGAUGGUUGUGAGCCAUCAUGUGGUUCCUAGGAUUGAACU